AUGAGGCAGCGUAUUAAUGACCUGCAUGAUGAUCUCGACGAUGUGAACAGAAGAAUCGAUGACGCACUCGCAAGACUCAACGAGCGUGAUUCUUCCUUUGACUACACUAAAGGCUUCUUCUACCUCACCCUUGGCCUCGAUGCAACGAAGAGUUGUACACCAAGCGAGGUCACCAAGUAUGAGUCCAGAAAACAACAAAACGCCGACAAGCGACUCCCAAGGCCUGCUUGCUCCUCUCCCGACGACCCCAAGAACACCAAGCGAGCGUGGGGCGACGUCGAGCGCACGGCGCACCGGCAAGCAUGCAUCGGCAAGAAGCGCCUCACGCUCCAGGAGAAGGCCGAGAUCAUCCAGCUCUACUACAGGGCCGGACAGGAGGAGAGCCCCAUGAAGCAGAUGACCAUCGCGGAGACGUACGGGAAGAGCCGGGCGGCGAUCAGCAAGCUGCUACGACCAGAGAACGCGCAUCGGGUGAUGGUGCGCUUUGCGGAGAAGAAGGUGAUGUAA